AUGGCUCGGACGAUGAGAGUCUUGCUGUUUGGCUUACUGACAGCGGCUGCUGCGGCUCAAUCAAGCGGUAUGGACAAUAUGCUCUUCGGAGAUUUCAGGCACUUGCACUUUUUACAGUACGAGUCAUCACCGUCGUCGUACACAAGUCUUGCGGAGUGCCGAUCGGCUUUCCUACAACCAUCGACUAUCCGACAAACACCUCCAAUCGGCCAAGAGACAUUCGCUGUCUCCACCUACACUUCGGAUGGCCUUACAUACGCAACCACCUACGCUGUCACCCCUGCGUCUUCAGGUCAGCGUACUACGACUGAGCUUGAUCCGGCAGCGACCGGUCUGCGUACUACUACCAUUGGCGAUGCUGUAAUUGUCCAGCAACCGCCGUACACGACCAUCUACCAGCAAUAUACUGGAUCGUCCAAUCUCGCCUCUGCAUCAACUGUGGCCACAAUCCCGCCCGACUUCGUGGAAGAUGUUCAAGGUACCAUCAUCAUUGUUUUCCCUCGGCGAUUCGUAACGAGUGUCCAGUAUUACACGGGCACGUCCUUGAUAACCGAGCCUAUCACUGAAACGAUCCCACCGAGCGGAGACUCGCCUGGAACAAUUCUGAUUUAG